CUGUGAGUGACCUUGAGUUUUGUUCAGACACAUAGUAUGACAUAGUAUGUUAUUCAAGAAAUAGUUCUUGAAUUUACAAUCGUUGGUUUAGGAAAAAAUAAAGUGAACAGAUUAAAAAUAUUCAAUGUUUGAGUUUCCAUACCGUUCAACUCAAGGUGGUAAAGCUGUUCGUAGGUUAACUGCUCCAAGUUUUUUAAAUAAUGAUGAAAAUACAUAUAUCACAAAUAAAAAUCUAUUAAGUUGUCAUUUCGAUUCAUCAACUACAUCUCAACCAAAUCUAAAUGGUCGAUUAUCAAGGUCAGAUAUCAGCUCUAUUAAUGAUCGCAUUAGUCGAAAAGUAUCUCAAGACGGAUUACAUAAACUUAGAGAUAGAUCCCUUCCGGGUGCAAUUUCAAAAGAAGAAGUUCAUUCAAUUUACAGUUUGCAUCAACUUCGUAAAAAUUCAUAUAUUCGAGUUCAAGAUCCCAUGAAUAAUGGGAAUCGAUCACCGUCAAGACAAACACGAAGACAAGAAAUUAUACGUUGUUGGAGUCGAGAAAGAAUUACAAGAAGUGAGACUAUCCUAAAUAUACGUCCACCUGAAUCGAAACAAAACGAAAAUAAAGUGGAAAGUAAUAAUUCAUGCGAAUCCGGACUUACUACUUCAAAAUCUACACUUAAUGUAUUGCCUAUUCCAUCGAUAAUCAAUAAAAGUGAAAGUAUAUCAUCACUACCAACCACAAUACGUCAUAUUCCAAUUCAAUUAAUUGACAAUGAUCCAGUUAGUAUAAAACCAAUAGCUUAUAGUGCUUUAAAAUUAAUCCCAAUUUCUAAUCAGUUCUUUGGAAUUAAAAAAGAGAUUUCCAAUAAAACAAAAAACCUAUCUUUCUCCCCUAUUGAAUAUUCAGACUACAUUGACAAGUAA